CAGACUGUUUUUGCUGCAGUGAACGGCAGCCGUGGAGAGAGAGGAAGAGAGAGAGAGACGGAUAUACAAACAGAGAGUGAGAGAGAGAAGGAGAGAGAGAGAGAGAGAGCGCGCGCGGAGGAAAAAGCAAGAAAAACAAAGAGUCAGGAGAAGGAACAAGGAGAUUAAAAAGUCGAUAAAACAGAUUCAGAGAAGGCUCCGGACCAGCGACUGCUGCGCAUCAAAGGAGGGACCGUACUGAGGACCUUACUGGAGACCAGCGCCAACAAAACCCGACUCCGGAGGCGGAAUAUAACGGUGACACUCCAGAGCUCCUCUGCCCUCCUGAGGAUUCAGUGAGACAGGCGGAUCUGUGUGCCUGACCAUGGCCCUCCCAUCAGCCCCCUCCACAUUAUGGAGUGUCAGCUUAUUGAUGGUACUGUUCGCAGCUGCGGUUCACAGCAACAUUAUCUUCGAUGACGACCCCUUGCAGCCAGUGACCUCAGACGAGACGGUGUCCGUAGGGGGGACAGUGACACUGACCUGCCGGGUGCCCGAGAGUGAUAACUCCUCACUGCAAUGGUCCAACACUGCACAGCAGACCCUGUACUUUGGAGAAAAGAGAGCGCUGAGAGAUAACCGCAUCCAGCUGCACCGCUCCACACCCACCGAGCUUUCCAUAACCAUCGCUGAAGUGCAGCUGUCCGACGAGGGCGAGUACACCUGCUCCAUCUUCACCAUGCCGGUCCGCACCGCCCGGGCUACAGUCACCGUGCUAGGUGUGCCCGGUGAACCUCAGAUCUUGGGCUUUGAGAAUGCAGUGCCGGAGGGGGGCAAAGUCACCCUGACCUGCACCAGUACAGGCAGCAAACCCCCCGCCAGGCUGCGCUGGUACCGAGGAGACCAGGAGCUGGAAGGACGUCCAAACGUGGUGGAGUCCGUUCCAGAUGAUCCGACAUACAACGUGAGCAGCGAGCUCACCCUGGAGGUGAGCCGCAGUGACGACAAGGCCCUCAUCACCUGUGCCGUCGACCAUCCCUCUCUCGCUCCGGGGGACAAGAGGAGCGAGCACGCUCUGCGAGUGUUGUAUUCCCCUGACGUGCGGAUCACGCCUGAGAGCAAUCUGCCUAGAGAGGGGGAGAAGUUUUAUCUUCAGUGUGUGGGCAACGGCAACCCCGAGCCCACCUCUUACAGGUGGGAGAAGAAGGAUGGAGAGCUCCCCCCACUGGCCAAAGCCGACGGUGCUUUCUUGCGCUUCGAGAUGCUCAACAAAUCCGAUAAUGGCGUCUACCUCUGUGAAGCCAACAACGGCAUAGGAGACAGCCUGGGGGAGUACACACUGCUGGUGCAAGGCCUCAUGGACCCAGACUCCCCAGACGCCACCUUAUCCUUCCUUGACUCUCCAUCCUCUCCAUCCUCCUCCCUCCCACCCUCCUCUCCCCCUGAUGUCUUCUCUGGCUCCGGCUCUGAUCCCACUUACUCCUACUCCUACCCUUCUCUCUUCGCCUCCACCUCCUCCCCCGAGCCUUCCCCAGACUCCUCACCUUCCCCAGACUCCUCACCUUCCCCAGACUCCUCACCUUCCCCAGACUCCUCACCUUCCCCCACCUCCUUCGUGGCUGACGUGUCGACCACCGUCUCUGAAUUCUCCACCACCACCCUCUCCAACGCCCUCUUCCCUGACCUGCCGCUCUCUCCCUCCUCCUCCCUCACUCCCCCUCCCUCCUCCACCCGGACUCCUCCUCCCUCCUCCGCAAGCAUCGCUCCUUCCACUGCCAACCCCUCCCUCGCUUCCUCCCUCACUCCCUCAGUUUCCGUCCGGCUGAAUGGAGUUUACACUUUCACAGAUGCUGCAGACAACAUUGCAGACCCAACAGCCAUGUCGACGUCUUCGGGGGUGGACCACGCCGUGAUCGGAGGGGUGGUUGCUGUAAUCGUCUUCAUCCUGCUCUGCCUCCUCAUCGUCCUGGGCAGAUACCUCAUCAGACACAAAGGAACGUAUCUGACCCACGAGGCCAAGGGCUCGGACGACGCCCCCGAUGCGGACACGGCCAUCAUCAACGCAGAGGGAGGCCACUCCGGAGCAGAGGAUAAGAAGGAGUACUUCAUCUAGACAGAGGGGGCGGGAGCGGUGGAGGAAAGGAGGGAAAGCUGGAGGACGUGGAUUAGAAGAGAGGGGAGGAGCGAAGGGGAAAGAAACCUCCAUUUGUUUUCACGAUGCUUCAGUUCUUCACUCGUUUGGAAGGGAUGAUGGGAGGGGAGGGGACGGGAGGGAAAGAACUGCGGGCGGCGGGAUAAAGUGAUGAGUUGAGCUUCGACUGGUACUACCCUCUUUGCAUUGAUACAGGGAAGUGAGAUUUUUGCACUGACACACGGACGAACUGAAGUUACACACUCAAACACACACACACACACACACGCGCACACACACACACACACACACACACACACACACACACACACACACACAGACACAUAUGUACAUGAGUCAGUUUUGGGGAAAACUCUUCUCACACAGACUUGAAUGCUCGUAGAUGUUCCGAUUAACAAGCGUGAGCCUCCUACUGUACUAACACGUCUGAAUUAUCUCUGAAUGACACAUUAACACCUUUUUACACAAACAUUGUACUUCUAACUGUCAGCGCCUUCCGAAAAGCUAAAUUGUAACUCACAUUCCGGCAUCCCGAGCUCUGAUACUUCACUUCUCACACCUCGCCCAACCUGUCUCCAUCAACAUCUAAACCAAAACCCCUGGCUCUGUCACUUCACGUUUCUGUCCUCAUUCUUUCCAUCUGACAGGUCGGUAUCCCCCUGCAAACAUUCUACUGGCGGAGGAAUCCAUCCAAAGCAAAUUAUUACUGACAAACCUAAUCUCCCUCUCUCUCACAGUUUAAUCUUUUUAUGCCAUCAAACCUUCUUCCCGCGUCCUCACAAACCCUAGUUCAAGCCGUUGAGUUUCCCACAAUGCAGCACCACGACAUGCAGCACUCAUGCAAACAUAGCAUUCUCGCCUUGCGCUAUCAAGCCUAGGGGCUCCAGUAUACAUAUAUAAAUAUAUAUAUAGAAUUAUAUAGCAUUCUUUUUACAUGACAGAAAAUGUUUGGUGUGCUGUAAAUACACUCUCUCUCUCUGUCCUCUCUCUACCUUCUCUUCUUCUUCUAUCCCUCUUCUCUUUCUCUACAUAUCCCUCUCUUCUGUAUCUCAUACAGUCUGUUACUGCAUUACAGUAACUUAUAUACUCAAAAAAAAAAAAUUAAAUAAAAAAGCCUGCCUGUUUUUUAUUACAUGCGUGGAAAUGCAGAGUCAAAACUAUCAAUAUCUGGGGAAAAAAUAUUAAAAAUAACGACAAUAAUGUUGCGAUGAAAACUAACCUUAAUUGCAAAUAUUUGUAUGAGGAACAUUGUCCUUCUUCGUCUUUUUUAUUCCUUUUGGUUUGGGGGAUUUAUGGGAGAUUUUCUCUCGUCAGUGUCUCAGUGUGUUACUGUCAGUGUUAACGGUUUAUAGCGUCUGUUGGUUUGUCAGUCGAGGAGUCCAUACAUCUAAUUUUUUCCGUGCUGUAUUUUGAUUUUGAGGUUUAACGUUUUGAUGCUAUAUUUCUUUACCUUUUUUUUUCUGUGCCACAUUCAGUGUCGCCAUUUGCUCCCUGCUUUGUCUGCCCCUCUGCUCCCAAACACUAAACUGUAGCAAAACCUCUGUAGAACGCAGCAGCUUUCGAAAAGGUGUCAAAGUGAUUUGGUCGAGCUUUCCUGGAGUAUCACUGCCCGGCGCAUGUGGACCGCUGGGCUUUUCCUUCCACUCCGCCGUCUCUGAACGUUCUGCUUGUAGGCCAUCCUUCUCCCUGCAGCAGACUGCUUGUCUUGGCGAAGCAACCUGCCGCUAAAUUCAUUGAGUAGUGACAUCAUGACUUCCUCUAAGAAGCUGGCACGCUCGCUGCUUCAGGGAAGUGAAAAUGCUUGCUUGCUAUGGGGCUGAACAGGAUUGCCUACAUGCAUUAUGACAAACUUCCUGGCAAAAAAACAACCCUUUCUGUUAUUCUUUCUUUCUGUGUGUGUGUGUGUGUGUGUGUGUGUGUGUGUGUGUGUGUGUGUGCGUGCGUGUUAUUGCAAGCAGGAAUCAUAUGCCAGCUUAGAAAAAGGUUCCCAUAAAUGAACAGUGUUUUAUUAAGGUUGGGAGUUCGCAUUGGCGCUGGCAAGCUCCACUUGGCCCGGCCCGGUCGUGGAAAUUGAUUGCAAUCUAACUAAGAGGCUCUGGGCUCCAGACUGUACACACGCCAAGGUUUGGCUUUGGUGGGCAGAGUGCCCGAGCGGGAGUCUGGGCUGCACUAACACUGAAGAAAGUCAUUAAGGAACGUAAAUGUCCUUUUCCCUUCUCCCCCCCCCCCCCUCCGCUCCACUCAUCCAUUUCGUUUAAUUCUUUAAUCAGUCAUCUCGUCUGCGUCCUGAUCCACCUUCACCCGGUCUCUCCCCGCCCCUCAUUCUUCCUUCCCGCUCCAUCUCUGAUCCAUGCCCGACUCUCCUCAAUGCUUUCUCUCUCUCAUUCGGUCCAUAGACGUACAGUAGAAGUAGCGUCUCUCGGUUUCCUGGCGUGCGCCGAUGGCUCUCUGCAGCACUUUUUUGGCUGUGUUUUAGGAGAGGAAUCAAUUUGCUGUUGUCAGUCCUACCCUUAGACAGUGAUGUCUGUGAUAGUUUUUUGUACACCCUUUUUUGGGAAUGUUCAGGGAUUGUGCUUUUCGUACCUUUCCCCACAUUGUCGUUAACCGCAACCUAACUAGCUGCUUUGACAGCAAGUGGCCCGGCUGGUGUGUCUUUAAGCUAGCUAUACUACAAAAGGGUAACGCGACCUGAACGCAGGGUCAUCUGCUGUUUUUCUUUUCUUUCGUAGAAUCUCGGUUGGAAUUUGGGGUGGGGCCGUAGUAAACUUGGCUCAAACAGUGUUCCAUUAGAGACUGCUUUGACAUGCACCAGAAAACUUGAAACGAACCGAGAUGAAUAUUUCGAAGAAUUCAGACCGCUGCUUAUCCCAUGUUUGCUCUGCAACACUCUUCAGCUUUACACAGUAUUCAUGUCUGCAGACCAGAGGAUGGGCUUUGUCUCGCGGAGCUUAACGAAGAGUAACCUUUGAUUUGUAUUUAACCCUAGUCCAAUUCUGCUCUGUGAACAAAGAAAAGGAAUACCGGCCUCAUACUCAACAAAGUGUAGUGUCUUUUAAAAACUAAUGGACCUGUAUUUGCCUGUAAUUUAUCGUCCUGUCCUUCGUCUUAGUUAAUGUGCUAGCAUGUAUAGCUUGCAUGAGAAAAAGGUUGGAAAUGUAGAUAGUGUUGGAGAUAAGAAGUGCCGACAAGAAUCUCUCCUGAGACGACGGCCUGCUGUCCUCUGAUCUGCAAACAUACGCCGUGUCCCAGUUCAACCCGCCUGUACCUCCUCAACACAGCAGUCCUCUGGAUACACUGGAAAAAAGGCCACUGCAAAAAACACAAUUAAUACAAUUGUUUUUUUUUUGCUUGUAAUAAGUUAAAAAAAAUCUGCCAAUGGAAGAAGUGAAAAUUCACUUGGUAGGAUUUCUUCAAAGAAGAUGAUAUUCAAACAAGAUGAUCCAUCUUUUACAAAUAACACAGCGGGUUAAAAACGUUUUGAGAUGUCGAAAAAGCUUUUUUCAUCUGAGAUCUGACUCAUAACGAGAUGUUUUCAAGACUCUUUCACUAAAUAAGAUAUCGAAGAUGCAUCGUCUAAAACAAAGUCCCUCCAUCUCACUGAAAUAUCACUCGUUAAAUGAUUGUCUUAUAUUAAGUGUUAUUAGAUAUUUUGACUAGAAAUUAGAUGAAUAUACUUGUAAGAUGUUGCUUUUUUUGCAGUGUAACACUGAGGAAACUGAUGAAGUAGGACUCAUUCUGCUUCUCCCCCACCACUGCUGCGUUAAACCCAUGUAGGGGUACAAUGGCGUUGAAUUGGGACGUGCCGUCGGUCCCAUUCAUAUUCCAUUGCAUCGGUGCAGUAAUGACUAACUGUCACCAGAUGCCAGUAAAUAGCAGCUUUUCUUUACUCUCUUCAAUCAGACCGAGCUGUACUGCCCCCCCCCCACCCCCCACUCCACUCUCAUCAACUCCUCUUCAGGCAGUCGCACACUCGCUGCCAGUCAUCGCUUUGUUUUUGUAGUAUAAACAAAUUCAUUUUUAAAUUAUGUUUUGUAAAAGGUGUGCAUACUCUUCAAAGUAUUACUUCCAGUUGAAGUGUUAAUCAUUUUCUUUUCUCUUUUUUUCAAUUAGAUUUUCCAAAGCUUGGAGGUUAGAAAUGUCUUUUUUUCCACGCAUCUUAUUGUUUCAACAACCAUUUUUCUACAAUGUCAUGUAUAUAGUGUUGCCUUUACUGGAUACUCUUACAGGCGCACCCAUACACACUUUGCACACACAUCCACACACAUAUCUGGAUAUGCACGGCAGGCAUGUGGUCUGUGACUAUGGUGUAUUUGUACAUAUGUGUGUGUUUGUGUAUGAGUGUGAGGCGUGUAGUAAUUGACCCAAGCAGACUCCGGAGACACUCUUACAUGUGUUGCAUUCACACAAAAAAAAUUCUUAUUUGGAUGACUAAAACAACUUUUUUGUUUUCAGAUUUAUUAUUUUGGGUGACAAGUCUUCCUUUUGAAUACAUAUUCAUAUCACAUGAGAACAGUGCUGUUAUGUAUGUUAAUUUGUACUAUGGCUGAUGAUGUCAUCAAGGCGAGACCCAACCGCAUGCUGUGGUGGGUUUGCGUCUGUUGGAUGUUCAUAAAGUAUUUGUUUUGUUUUUUUGUUAAAAUACCAGUUCAGUUGUUGACUUCAAUAAACAUGCAUUUGGGUUAAUUU